AUGUCGUCGCUCAAGCCAAUCACCGUCUGGGGUAAAGGUGGCCCAAACCCUCCAAAAGUGGCCAUUCUUCUCGAAGAACUCGGAAUUCCUUACGAAGCUAUUGCUGUCCCCCUUUCGGACGUCAAAAAACCGGAAUAUACAGCCGUCAACCCUAAUGGCCGCCUACCAACGAUUUAUGACCCAAAUACGGAUAUCAAAGUUUGGGAAUCCGGGGCAAUCCUUGAGUAUCUGAUAGAGAAAUACGACAAGGAUUACAAGCUCAGUUUUCCCCCCGGAACUGCUGAAUCAUAUCACGCAAAGCAAUUCCUUUUUUUUCAAGUCUCCGGGCAAGGGCCUUAUUAUGGGCAAGCUGCUUGGUUCAAGAACUUUCAUCCAGAAAAGCUGCCCAGCGCUGUUGAGCGUUACGUGAAAGAAAUCAACCGCGUGACGGCUGUUUUGGAGAAGCAUCUCUCGGAACAAAAAGUGCCAGAAGGUAGCGAUGGUCCCUGGCUUGUUGGCAACAAGUAUUCGUUCGCGGAUAUAGCCUGGAUCUCCUGGCAGAGACUUGUUACCAAGAUUCAUAGUGUGGAGGAGUACAAUCCUGAUGAUUAUCCUCAUGUAAAGGCUUGGCUCGAUAAAUUACUUGCGCGGCCGGCGGUUCAAGCUGGACUUGGUCAGGGAGGAAAGUUGCAGUAA